AUGCAAGCCAGAGUAAGGCUCCUGGAGGAGUAUUCGUGUGCGAAGACGGUGAUAGAUGAACCUCGUCUCACAAUUAUGACUCUUGAUAGCGCUUAUUAUAUUAUCUUGAUCGGAAUCACACUCAACUUUUCUGCUGCAAUUUCUGCAUUUUCCUUAGUGUCGUUAUCGUAUUAUUUCCUCAGUAUAACAAAUCAAAUGUCUCAAAGAACACGACUUAUGCAAAGACGAUAUUUGAUAUCACUUAUUAUUCAGGUUUCAAUUCCUGCCAUUACACUCUUUAUACCAAUCUGCUCGAUUCUGAUUGGAUGGUUUUUGUUGACAAUUCCCAUAGGACAAGCUGCUGGAAAUUUCGCUGUGGGUGUUGCGGCACUCUACUCUCUUGUAUCCACUUUCCCUUAUUUUUUGCAAUGA